UAACUCCAAUUUCGUAGCCCAAAGGCACCGAACAACAUUGCGUCCCAGCUCCAAAGCAAUCAAAAUCCCAGAGAUCGAACCUCCAAAACCCACCAGAUCAACAAGCAAUGGAGUCCAUCUUCGGCUUGGUAGGCGAUGGCUUUGCGGUCGUGGCGGCGGACACUUCAGCCGUGCAUAGCAUACUGGUGCACAAGUCCAACGAGGACAAGAUCAUGGUGCUCGACUCCCACAAGCUCGUCGCCGCCAGCGGCGAGCCAGGCGACCGGGUUCAGUUUACGGAGUACAUACAGAAGAACGUGGCUUUGUACCAGUUCCGGAAUGGGAUUCCGUUGACCACCGCUGCUGCCGCCAAUUUCACCCGCGGCGAGCUUGCCACCGCCUUGCGAAAGAAUCCGUACAUGGUGAACAUCUUGAUGGCUGGUUUUGACAAGGAGGCGGGGGCAUCCCUUUACUACAUCGAUUACAUUGCCUCUCUUCACAAGGUUGAGAAGGGAGCCUUCGGAUAUGGGUCGUACUUUGCGCUCUCACUGAUGGACAGGCACUACCACAGUGGCAUGUCCGUGGAGGAAGCAAUUGACUUGGUUGACAAGUGCAUCAUCGAGAUCCGGUCAAGACUAGUGGUGGCUCCCCCAAACUUUGUGAUCAAGAUUGUCGACAAGGACGGGGCGAGGGUGUAUGCAUGGCGGGAGUCCAUCAGGGAUAUCAACGUUGCUGCUGCAUGAUCGAUCCUUUCAAAGUAUCACAAGACUCGUGUUUUUGUUACUUUUAAACGCUUGUUGGCUACAUUUGACUAUGCUCUAGUAAGUGAAUUUGAAGGCCUUCCAGAACCCACCUAAAAUACUCACAGUAGCUCCCUUCUUGUUUGCACUUAUGAUACGAAAGCUGCUGGAAUACUUGUAUUUUGGAGGAAGCAAAUGACUCGUUAUUUGUUAUCCAAGAAAUCUGUUAACAACCA